GGGCACGCUUAGAGGAGCUGCGUUCGAGUUUCUUCAAAGGCAAAAAAUAUUAAGAAAAUAGGAUCUUCUUGCCAUUAAUCAGAUUAAAAAACAUAUUAUGUCGAAACAUGAAAUAAAGAUCAUAAAAACGAAAGUAACGCUUCAAAGUUACAGCGGGAGGAAAUGAAGUGAAAAAACCUUGGAUCCUCAAAACCCCAUUCUCAGGAGAUCUGUCGGCUAGAUCUGGAGCCAUUGAGCAAUGGCCAAUUAUCUUGCUCAGUUUCAGACUAUUAAGAACACUUCGGAACGACUUAUUGUUGCCAUUGAAGAUGUAAGUGAUCUGUGGCCUACAGUCAAAGAUGGGUUUGAGGGUCGUGUGCCUUUCCGGAAAGCUUGCCUUAACAGCAAGGCCCGUAAUCCUAUUUAUGUGGAGAAGCUGCCUGUAGAAUUCAUCUUAACAACAGAUUCUCGUCUUCGCAGCCGUUUUCCACAAGAACAAUCUCUUUUCUGGUUCCGGCAACCUUAUGCAACUGUUGUACUUGUUACUUGUGAGGAUUUUGAUGAGUACAAAACAAUACUAAAGCCUCGCCUAAAGUUGAUUGUUCAAAAUGAUGAACGUGAGUGGUUUAUUGUGUUCGUCUCAAAGGCAUAUGUGAGCAAUGACCAAGCAAACAAAAUGAUGAAGAGAGUAUACAGUAAGCUUGAAGUUGACUUUAGCUCUAAAAAACGAGACAGGUGUUGCAAACUAGAUAUACAUGCAGCUGAAGCAGCUUUUUGGGAAGAUGUUGAGGCUAAGAUGCUAGAAUGCAUCAGAAAUGCAUUGGAUAAACGUGUUAUAUUUUAUGAAGAGGAAAUUCGUAAGCUCAGUGAAAACCGUUUCAUGCCAGUAUGGAACUUUUGCAAUUUUUUCAUUCUUAAGGAGAGUUUGGCAUUUAUGUUUGAGAUGUCACAGCUCCAUGAUGAUGCAUUGCGUGAAUAUGAUGAAUUGGAACUCUGCUACUUAGAAACAGUCAAUGGUCAAAAUAUAAAGCACAAGGAGUUUGGUGGAUUAGAUCAUGGUGAUGAUCAAUCUGCAUUAAUGGAGACAGGAUGCAAAAAUUUGAGCCAAAUUGCACUUGAUGACACAUUCAGGGAGUUUGAUUUCCGACAAUAUCUUUUUGCUCGCCAAUCACAGCUGUUGUUCAAAUUGAAUCGUACAGUGGAUGUUGCUUCUAGGGGAUACCUGUUCAUUAUUUCAUUCUCAAAAACUUUGUCAUUACAUGAGCGCAACUUACCAUUUUGUUUGCGGGAAGUAUGGGUGAUUACUGCAUGCUUAUCUUUAAUCAAGGCCACUAUGAGCAAAUUUGACUCUCGGUUGGUGACUCCUGAUACUGAGAAAGAAUUCUAUAGGGUGCAGGGUGAUCUGCAUUCUCUUAGCCGUGUUAAGUUAAUGAGGUUGGCAGACUUAAUAGGAUAUGGGAUGAACAUUGAGAGAAGUCCAUGCAAUAGUGCAGCUUUGAGCAUGCUACCCUGGCCAAAACCAGAGGUUUGGCCAUCAGUUCCACCUGAUUCUGAAGCAAUGGUGCUUGCAAAAGAGAAGGUCAUAGACCAAAAUCCAAAGCCUUUUGGAAUUACGAGGAAGCAUUUACCAUUAGGGCCUACAAUGCUCCUUCGUGAGGCAAACAGAAGGAGAGCAUCAUUGUCAGCUGGGAAUGUAUCUGAAUUGUUAGAUGGUCGUCAUCUUUCAAAGGAAAGCCAAGCUGGAGAUAACGUUUUUGUAAUGUCACCUUCACCCCCUGCAUCUAAAAGUUCAAUGUCUCGAACAAACUCUGUGUCUGCAAUUUCAAACAGUCUGAGCCCAUCACGUGCUUUGUUUGAUGGUCCAAUGAAGCUUUCUGAAAUUCAAGUUGCAGCAGAGUGUGCCUUACAUGAAACAGUCACUGACGAUAACUUACGUAAAGCUCUGUCAUCAAUUGAGGAAUUUGAGAAGAUGUAUUUAGAUUUGACAAAGGGUGCUGCCGAAAAUUAUCACCGAUCUUGGUGGAAAAGACAUGGAGUUGUGCUUGAUGGUGAAGUUGCAGCUUUGUGUUUCAAGCAAGGGAGUUUUGACUCUGCUGCAAAGUUAUAUGAAAAGGUUUGUGCUCUAUAUGCAGGUGAAGAAUGGCAGUCACUGUUGGCAGAAGUGCUUCCUAAUUUAGCUGAGUGCCAAAAGCAGCUUGGAGACCAUGCUGGAUAUCUUACAUCUUGUGUUAGAUUGCUAUCAUUAGGAAAGGGCUUACUGCUUAAGCAAGAACGACAAGCAUUACAAGCAGAAGUGGUCAGACUUGCUCAUAGUCAAAUGAAGAAUCCUGUAUCACUUGAUGUCUCAUCAUUAAUCACUUUCUCUGGAAAGUCUGGACCUCCGCUUGAUUUAUGUGCAGGUGAUCCUGGUAAUCUUCAUGUAUCUGUGUGGAGUGGCUUUCCUGAUGAAUUCGUCCUAGAUUCACUGAGCCUCACAUUGAUUGCAACAUUUAGUGCAGAUGAAGGAGUUAAGGUGAUUAAGUGUUCCAAAGAUCCCUUACUAAAGCCAGGAACAAAUGAUAUCAGGAUGUUAUUACCACCUCAGAAUCCUGGUUCAUAUGUUUUAGGAGUCCUAACUGGCCAGAUAGGGCAGCUAAGAUUCAGGUCGCAUACUUUCUCAAAAGGUGGGCCUCCUGAUAGUGAUGAUUUUAUGAGCAUUGAGAAACCAGUGAGACCUGUUUUGAAGGUGUCCACUCAAAGGGCACUGGUUGAUAUCACAGCAGCUGUUUCAGCUGGAUUAUUGAUUGGAGAACUCCAGUGGUUGGGAUUGGUUAUCAGGCCCAUUGAUUACUCUCUUAAAGGUGCUAUUUUGCACAUUGAUACAGGUCCUGGUUUACAAGUUGAUAUGUCUCAUAUCAUUGAGUUAGAGACCUGUACUAAAGCAUUUCGUAGUUUACCUCAGAAGAUAUCCUCAGUAUCAUCAGACUUUGCUGCUUCAUUUGAUGCAAGCUUUUCCGGAAAAAGCAAUGGAGAUGAUACUGAGCCAACUGUUUCUUGUGAUGUUGAACAACUGCAAUUAAAAGAUGGAAAGUUGGUUAUCCCAGACUGGGCAAGCAACAUCACGACAGUCUUAUGGCUACCAGUUCGUGCAAUUGAUGAUAGAUCAGAUAGAGUGAUUGCUGCUGGUAGGCAGACCUCUUCUUCACUAUCAUCCUUGAGUGUUACUGUUGCACAUAGUGGCAGUCUUUCUUCACAAGGGCAAUCUGAGUUAUCCCAGAAACGCACUAUUGUUGAUGGAAUGAGAACUCUUGCUCUAAAGCUGGAAUAUGGAUCAUCUCAUAGUCGAAUAUUUGAAAGAACUAUUGCAGUGCAUUUUAUAGAUCCUUUCCGUGUCAGUACACGUAUUGUGACAAAAAGCAACAAUGGAGUUUUGCUUUUACAGGUAACUUUAUUCUCUCUAGUCAAGGCGGCUGCAAAAAUUUAUGAUGCGUGGUUGGAUCUUCAAUCUGGGUUUGUUCAUGUUGGGAGUAACAAUGGACGGCCAAAUCCUUCUGCUGUGCUGCCUCUUUCAAUAUCUGCAUCUUCUAAAGGGGCUUUACUUUUCACAGUCCGAUUAGACAGCAUACCUCAAGAAGGAAAAUCUUCUAUACCAAGAAGUGAAAAUCAUGAAAAUGAUUUAUCCAAAGUGCAGAGUGUUUUGAACAUUCAAUAUGGAAUAUCUGGUGAUCGAGUUGUUGGAGCACAUUCUCCUGUGCAGUUAAGCUCCAGUGGAACUAAUGGUGAUGGUAAUUUGUUUUUCAAAAGUGCUCUUGUUCUACAAAUGCCCGUCCUUGAGCCAUUGCUUGCAGUGGGUGCAUUACCACCAUCAUCGGAUUGUUUAAGAGUGGGCCAACUUAUCAACAUGAAAUGGCGAGUUGAAAGACUGAGGAGUUGUCUGGAUGUGUUAUCAGCUAAGGAAGAAGAGGAUCUGCUCUAUGAGGUUGAGGUGAACCCAGAAAAUUGGAUGAUGGCAGGAAGAAAACGAGGCCACGUGUCAUUGCCUAAUUCUGUAGGAGCACGAGUAAUGGUUUCUAUAGCAUGUAUACCCUUGACUGCUGGAUAUGUCCGCCCGCCUUCCCUUGGUUUGGCUAAUAUUGAUCAGUUUAAUAUAAGCUGCAACCCAGCAGGGCCACACCUUGUUUGUAUACGCCCUCCAACGCUUUGCUCUUCCUUUUGCAUGGUAAAAUCAUGAAACUUAAUGCAAUAUCUUGUCAGCUGAUUUAGGAACCUGUUAAUUCACUCAUAAGUAGUCUGGUAUUUCUUCUAGCCAUGCCAUGCACCAGAGCUAAUCUUUUUCUAACACGAAGGUUGUGAAGAGUUCUGUUGCUAUAAAUUACACUGAACAUAUUCUUACAAUUUGAGAACAGCAAUUCAUUUGUUGCCUUCAUUAACUAGCUCAUUUAGAAUUUCCAAACUAUGGCCAAUUUGCAGGUAAAAAAUGGUCAUGAUUAAAGACCAAUUUGUUAGUUUCUGUAAAUUGGCCCAUCAGAUGGAAAACUGUUAUUUUGUCACUUUUUUUUUUCUAUCAGUGAAUAAAUGUUAAAUAUGAGCCAUUGUCUUGAGCAUUUUAACACUUCAAGAGUUUUGUAUAUAAAUUCUGACAAUAAGAUGGUUUGGGAGCUAGUUUCAUCA